AUGCUUGUGGAAGUGGCUGUUGAGGAUGUAAGGAGGGAAAUCAAGAGGCUGAAGACUGGAAAGGAACUAGCAGUUGAUGGGGUUACAAAUGAGAUGCCGUGUCAGAGUGGUGAAAGACUAAUUUGGCAGCUGACCAUGAUAUGUAAGAUCACACCUGGAUCAGGAAGGGUAACCAUUUUUUUGUUCUUUCCUUGCCAGGCAUCCAGUCCCCUGGAGUGCGACAUCUGCUGUAAUGUGUUCAGCGAAGAUCACUGCCCGAGACUUCUCCUCUGUUCACAUACAGUAUGUGGACGUUGUAUUGAUGAGCUCAUCUCAAUCCAAAAGAAAGAAUGUCCUGUGUGCAGGACACUCUUCGUAGCCGAGUCGGCGGAGGAUGUGGUGAUUAACAGAAACCUCCUUGAUGCUGCAAAGCAACUUGCAUCCAAUCAUCAAGAAUCAAAGGCCUCGAUCAGUGCUCCAAAGAAAUCCAUUCUGGAGUUUACAGAGGAUUUCUGGGAGAACAUCGCAGGAAAAUAUAUUAGUGACCUUCUGGCAACAGAGGCCGAGCUCAAGAACUGCAUUAGUAGUUACACCAAGAUGAAAGAGGGCAUCCUUAAGAGCAACAAAGGAAUUGCAAGACAUAUACAGAUGAUGAAAAAGAUGCAACUCUCCAAUGAAAAGACUUUGGCAACCAUUGAACAAAACAUCAAAGAGAUGAACAUUCGGCUGGAUUCCAUGCUUCAAGAGAAAGUCAAACUCUGCGAUGUCAAGACCCAGCUGAGAGCAGCCCCAGACUUUGCUUCAGCAGGAGCUGCCAUAGAUGAAGCAGGACCAAUUCUUCAAGGGGCUGAACAAAGGGUCAACGAAAUUAAACAACUUCUUCAGGAGAAUGAUAAACGAAGAGAUGACAUGAGGCAGGAUACUUUAAGGAUCACAACAAAUUUAACAGAUGCAGUGAAGGAUCUGGGAAGAAUAAUUGAGGAAUUAGAAGGAGACACUGUCAUUAAAAUUACGGUGACUGACCUCCGAAGUCCUCACGGUCGCCUUAGAGGGGAUGCCCAGAGAGAGAUCUUUGCUGUGAUGACCUUUGAAGGGAAACUCAGGCUGGCUCCAGUCAAGAUAGAGUCCAACAACCAAGUCUCCUUCACUCAUCUGGAAGAAGGCGUUCUCCCACCAAGAUGCUUUGUCAUAGAGCUGGAGUCCUUGAUACCAGGUGGGGGGUCUCCUUCCCCUCCUCUUUCUUCUCCCCUUCCAAGGGGGUUCCUGGAUCUGGCAUAUGGGCCCACCCCCCUAGGGAGGGUCAUCAUCAGGGUCACUGUUGAUGGCUUGCAGGGUCGUAACUUUCUGCUCAUGUGUGCCGGGGGGAUUGGAGGAAACUCUUAUGCCCAGUCUCGGGUCUCUGGUGUAGAGGAUUGGUUAGGGGAAUGGAUAAUUAUGGGUGAGUAUCAGCCCCUUGGAGGAGGAGGAGGAGGAAGUGGCACAACAUCAACCCGAGCAGUGUUGCCAUCGAGGGAGGAGGAUUGGAAGAGGGAGUUGGUGGUGAGUGGGACCUAUGAAGAGACGCCAUGGAAGGCGGGAGAUGCCAGGGGAGACAUCUCAUAUGAAGGAGCUUCAAAGUUCUGGAUCGUCACCAGAGAUCAUCCCAGAUGGAGACACAUAUAUUGCUUCGGGAUGGUGGAGGAAGGACUCGACGUCCUGAAAUCCGCCAUCUCGAAGUAUGAAGACAUUGAACAGGUCAAAGUGGCCAACUGUGGUCUCAUCCUGUGAUGUCUUUCCCUCCAGAUGAAGAAGAAGAAGAAAGAAGAUAGAAAACUUUGGAUGUGUUCAGGAGGAGUCUGGUGAAGGCAACAGAAAACGGAUGCUAAAUAAAAAAAAAAAAAAAAAAAAAAAAAAAAAA